AAUCAAUACCAAUGGAACUUAUAUGGAUCAUAAAUGGAUAUCGCGUAGGCUAUAUAGAUCUAGCAGGCGAAUAUAGAUCUAGUUUUCUUAACCCAAUUUAUCACCCUUGAAAUAAUUUUUACUAUUUGCCGGGAUUUCAGCGAUAUAAUAAUUGUUUAUAAUAAUUUUAAUGAGAAUUACGUCAUGAUCUUGAACUUACAUAUAAAAUAUGUAAGACCGGAAGCUGUAAGAAGUUAAUGACAUCAAUUUUGGCUGCAGCGCAAUCGAGAAAUAGAACAAAAACAAAUAACAAAAUGGAAGAGAACACUAUAAAAUGUUUGUUAAGAAUGAUAUUACUUGUAAAUUUGUAAAAGUAUGUAAAUUAAAUUUAUAGAAACGUUGGAUUUUUGCUAUCUUUCUAUUCUUCGAUUGUCAAAUUGACAUUAUGUAGAAUUAUCGAGGUUUAUCUUUCAAAAUGGAUGAAAGUGAUUCUGAUAUUAGAUCUAGAAGAACUGAACGUAGACUAUCAGAAGGAUCAUCUCGAUCUUCAAGUAGUGACAGUGUCCCAGGAGAUCAUAGCUGUGAUUUUGAGCCUGCAUUAGAAUUUGACGACACUGAAUUAGUUCAUGCUGUUGAAGCAGAUAUGGACUUAGAUAAUGAUAAAGAAACAGUCAACACCGAUAGUGAUUUAUUAGAGUCUCCUAUGUCAGAUGGCCUAAUGGAAGAUAAUUUCGAAGAACUAUUAGGUACAACAGAUGCUUUCCCACCUGAUCUUGAUGAAGAUUAUAAAGAAAACAAUGACAAUAAAGUUGAAGAUGAAGAAGAAGAUGACUUUUCUGACAUCUCUAAAUAUGGUGUAAUUGAAGUGGCAGGUGAUGAUUCAUAUGGUCGUAAAGUUAUAGUAAUAUCAGCCUGUAAAUUGCCAUCAAACAAGGCUUUUAAUCAUGCUAGAUUUUUAAGAUACCUUAUGCACACAUUGGAUCAAUUUGUUGAAGCUGAUUACACACUUGUUUAUUUUCACUAUGGAUUAAACAGCAAAAAUAAAUUACCACUGAGUUGGUUGUGGGAUGCCUAUAAAGCUUUUGACAGAAAGUAUAAGAAGAAUUUAAAAGCUUUGUAUCUAGUCCACCCCACAAAUUUCAUUCGCUUUGUGUGGAGACUCUUUAAGCCUGUAAUUAGUGCUAAAUUUGGAAAGAAAGUGAUGUAUGUGAAUUAUCUUCAUGAGUUAAAACAACAUUUGCAUUUUGAUCAACUUGCCAUUCCAAAACCAGUGUUAGAGCAUGACAAAAAACUUGUAGCUGCCACUAAAAAUUCCAAAUUAUCAUCCUCUAGUUCGUUUCAUACAAAUUUGCCAUCUUUUGAAACUCAACAAUUCAGAGUGCCACUGUCUUAUAUUAAAGAACACAGCAAAGGUGAUACCAUUCCCCGUGUAAUGAGAGAUUGUAUAGAAUAUUUAGAUAAUGAUAAUGCUCUGGAGACUGAAGGAAUAUUCAGACGUUCAGCCAACACAAAAAUUGUUCAAGAAGUUCAGAGUCUAUUUGAUGAAGGUAAACCUGUAAAUUUUGAUGAUUAUGGAGAUAUCCAUGUUCCUGCUGUGAUAUUAAAGACUUUCUUGAGAGAAUUAGAAGAGCCUAUUCUAACAUUUGAACUAUACGAGGAAAUUAUGACUUUUCAAGAAUUAACUUCAAUUGAAAAAUUACCUGUUGCCAAAUCCCUCAUUUUGCACAGACUUCCUGAGGACAACUAUGAAGUGUUAUGUUAUCUGUUUGAGUUUCUAGCAAAGGUCAUUGAUCGCAGUGAUUUAAACAAAAUGACAGCAUCCAAUCUUGCUAUUGUCUUUGGACCUAAUUUGUUGUGGGCCCGGAACAAACAAGCAUCCCUCUUCUCCAUCACGAAAAUAAACCACUUCACAGAGUUCCUCCUUAAGUAUAAUGACUUAAUUUUUUCAAAAUGAUCACUUUGAAGUGUUUUUAAUACAGAGGUAUUAAUAUGAAAUGAAGUAUAUUAUUAAAAGGUGCUAUGAAAUUUAACUGGGACUUGAUUCAACUCUGUGUCUGAUAUUUAACACUUGUUUGUGUUUCCAACCAUGCAUUUCAAUUAUAGUUGUAAGUCUUGAUGGUUCUAGGAUUGCUCUUUUUACUGCUUCUGAUACAGAAGUAUCAGUUACAAAAUAUGCAGUGCAUUCACAGAUUUUAAAAGUCAUUGUCUAUGGAAAUGACUUUUGCUCAAGGUGUAUUCAGUGGCAAUUGGUUUCUGUGUAUAAUAAAUUCUAGUGUAUGUGUGUUUUAUGCAUAUCAUUAAUUUAAGAAUACCCAACUAUUAACCUAUAGGUAUUUUUGUAUGUAUGUGUGAAAAAGAGUUAUUCAUAAUGUUGCUGUAACUACUAGUGGUUUUGUAAAUAUGAAAAUGAAAAAUUUACUGUUUAAACUUAGUGUAAAAAGAAUAUUCAGAAUUUGUAGAUAUGUUAUCAAUAAGAAUAUAAAUUUCUUAUAAUAAAAUGUUUUUCAUAUGUGUUUCGACAAAUUUAGUAAGAUUAUGCAUUUCAGGGUUUUAAGUUGAGGUCUAAGAAAAAAAUGAGUAGUCCUUUUCAAGUUAAAUUCUCCAACAUAAUUUUUAAUUAUGCAAAAUACUUAGUGAUUAUUGCAAUUAAUAGUUUUAUGAAUUUCUAGUGAUGAUUAGGUCAAUUUAAAAGAAAAAAUUAUUUUUUAAUUGAAAAUUAGUAAAAAAUUAACAUUUAAUAACUUAUAGUAAGUUUUUUGGAAUAUUACUGACAAAAGUUAUUAAGUAUAACUUUUCCAAGCUUUUGACUACAAUUAAAGCAUAUAUUUAAAAAAAAAAAAAUUUUUUUAAAAAUAGUUUUAUGUUUUUUAAUUAAAAUAUUUAUAGUUUACUAAACUAAUUUUUUUCAUUUAUGUUGAUAAUUAGAUAAAAUGUAUGCCUCAGAAAAUUACUGAUUUGUGAUUACAAAGAACAAUAUUUUGAUAAAAUAAUUUUUCCUAAAAAUUACUUAAUCAAAAUGUUAUUAUUUAUCAAAAUGUUUUUUUUAUUAGAAAAUAAUAUCUAACUAGAAAUUAUUCUAUCGUUUUUAAUGAAAGUUAUUAUUCAUACAUUUCCUUUUCAAUUAUAACAUUUUCUUCUUUUUAACUAAACUGUGAAACACUGCAAUUAUCUUGCAAAUUAAAAUUUUUUCUAAGAUGGAAUAAAAAGCAACAAAAGCUUUUAAUGCAUUAGAUUUUAGAAGUAUUAAACUGUAUCUUUUUUUUAGAACACUUGUAUGUGAUUUAAAAUUAUUUCAUUUUGUUAAACACUUAUCUUAGCCUAUCAUACUUUUACUAAGAGAAUAAGUUUAUUAUUAUUGUUUUAUAUUGAAAUAAAUUAAAUUUUUGGUGUGAUUAAAAUUCAAACAAAUAGUUGUGAAUUUUUAAGUAAAAGAUUUUUUGCAUCAUUUUAGAAUUAUUAUUAUUAUUUUUUAAAUUUAAAGAAAUAAAUGGCUUGGCAGGCCAUUAAAUCGAGAGACUUAAUUUCCAAAAAAUUUUAACUGAUAAUUCAACUUAAAAACUGUGAGAAAUAAUGAGUUUGUUUUUAUUAUUUAAAUGUGUUGUAAAUAAUUGUUAUAUUAUGCCUUUAAUUUAAGGGAAAAAAAAAGGAAUGAGUUAUUAGUUUUGAAAGUCUGAUCAAAGAGCGUAUGUGUAGUUUUGUUUUGUCUCAUUUAUGGUUUCCUCAAUUGUUUUGAAAUCUAGCAAAAAUUGAAAUUUUUUUUUAUGCAAUUAUGUUUAUGUACUCCAACAUUCUUUUUUGUUUAUCGUGAUGCUUUCAAAGUUUAGGCAGGUCUUUACCUUUUGCAAGUUUUGUUUAAUAUCAAUUGCAAAAUAAUACUCCGCUUUAGAAUGUUAGUUUAUUGUAUGUUAUAAAAUCAUUUAAUAUUUAAUUGAUAACUGUACUUUUCUUAUGAUGUGCAAAUCUCUACUAGUCAACUAAUAGGUUUUUGGUUUUUUUUUUAAAAGUAUUUUAAAUAAAAAUAUUAUGCUCUUUGUGUUUACAUAAUAGUUUCAUGAUUGUGCUAUUGCUCUUGAACAACUUAUUUUUAUUUAUUUUUUUAUAGAAUUAUAUUCCCGGUGUAUUCUGUUUUUAUGUUUCAGUUUCUUUAUUAGAUUUUAUUAAUACUUUGACUAUCUAUAAGUUUUGACAAAGUCAUUCAAGCAAAAAGUUGGUAAUCAGCAUUGAGUUUUCAAAAGAAUUAGCUUCCUUGAAAAAAAUAAUUAUGAGCUAAAAAUAUGCAUGGAUAUUAGACUAAUAAAACAUGUUUGUUGAAAUUUGAUAAGCUAUAUUAUCAAAUGAAAUAAUCAUUAAUUUUUUUAAUUAAUAUAUCUAUAAUUUGUGCACAAUUUUUAAAUUUAAACACCUUUAAUCUUUGUUAUGUCGUGUUUAAAGAUUCAACUUGUUGAAUUUUCGCCUAUUAUCUAUUCAUUCAUGUUAAAAGCUUUCAUUAAAUCUUUUUAUGUAGCUAACUUAAAAGAAACCUUUUGUCUCAUUCAGGCUUAUACAUUAUUUCCGCACUUAAAAUACUUUUUCUAAUGCUAAGAAAUGAAAGCACUUAAUAACAAGAAGUGAAUGUAUUAAACCUAAUUAUAUCUGUCUUAUUGUUCAAGAAUUUAAUAACUCUCGAGAUUUCUUAGUGUGUAAUUUAUUUAUAGCAUGUAUUUAUAAAUGUACAUGAAGUAAUGUGCUUUAAGGCGUUUUAUCGAUGUAUGAUACUUUUCAAUGUAGAUUUUACUUCUUAGACAAACUUUGAGUGAUUUUUAAACCCUUUAAAUAAAUGCGAAAAAAAUUUUAGAAACAAAAAAAAAUUUUAAUAUAAAGGAACGAGCUUGAAUAGAAAAUAUAAGAAAAAUCAUAUAUUACUAGUUUCAGAUUUUAAAAAUUCAGAGGAUUUAGCCUAUCUGUAUUGAUGUCUGUAUAUGGUUCAACCACCUUAAACAUAAUAUUUAAAUAAAAUAUUGCCAUUCCAUGUAUUUCAAACUCUUUCACAUUUAUGUUGUGUUUUAUUUUUCUAUUUCAGUGUGUGAAUUGUUUAUAAUGUUUAAAAACCUUUAUUGUAAAGUUGCAUACCUACCUCUUGCACAAUCGUUUAUUAUAUUAGAAUUAGUUUUAGUUAUAUGUAUCACUUAUGUAACAUGUACCUCUUCUGACGAAAAUUUAAUUUGCCUCAUCAUAUUGAUUUUUUUAAUAAGCAUUACAUAUUCUGGUUUAUGUUAUUAUGUUUUGUUUAUUAACUGGCAGUUCAAUGAUUCUGUUGUCAUAUCUUGCAGAUUUUGUAUUACAAUUUUUUUCUUGCAAUAUUAGUGACUGAAAUUCAUUACAUUGCUUAUUCGAUAUCGAGACUUUUGCCUUUUAUUUUUGUUCCCUGAUUUUGUACUAAAUUAUGAUAAAUAUUGUGAUAAUAUAUUUUUUUAUAACUUUUAGAAGGUCAAAAAAAAAAUUUUUUUUUUUUAAUGAAGUUUAUUAUUUACACACUCUGCAACUGUGUCGCAAGAGAAAAAUGACGUGUGGAUUGUGUUUCAAAAUGACUUUUUCUGGACAAUCUAUAAUUAAUAUUUCCUUUACUGUACUACAAAAUCAAAUCCAUUUGGUUUUAUUAUUCUAUCUUUUAAAAAAAAAAAUUUCUGUUGAUCACUUGAUUUUUUAAACAUUUUUUUUUCAGUUGAUCACUCGAUUUUUUUUAAAAAGAAAAAUUAUACUUUUAAUUAUUUUAAUAAAUUUAGCAAUAAAAUAAAACUCCCUAAGAUUAACUUUUUAUGUCAUUCAUAAGUAUUUUAUUCAUAGGAAUUGCAAUAGUUUAUUUUUUUAAAUCUUUGGAAAGGUUAUUGUCUUAAAUAAUUAUUUAAUCUCAUAACUGUAUAUUUAAAAUUCUUCAUUAGGUAGUGACAAGCAAUAUUUUUCACACAGUAGUUAAUAUUACUUUAUGUGGAGGCAAUUUAAAAAUAUUAGUCUGAAGAGGUACUUGAUUUGAGCCAUUCUCUGUGCCCUGUGUUUUCUUGUGAUCUGAUUGUUUGAAAUAUACAAGAGCUUUUGUGAUAAGUUGGAAUUAUAUACUUAAGUUUAUUUUGUAUAAAUAUUUAAGUAAUUCUAUUUUAUUUUUGUACCUACUUAGUAACCAGUAUAUUAUACUUUACAUGCAAUGAUCAAUAUUUAAAGGUAUAUAAAUUUUAUUUCUUAAAAAAUAUGUGCAAAAUUAUAUCUCAUUAUUUAGAAGAGCUUUAUAUGUUAUUUAAAAAUAUACUUUUUGAAAUGUACUACCCACUGAAAUUUUAACCCUCACAAUAUUAAAAAUGGAGCAAAAUUUCUCCAUGAAUGAACAUGUUCAAAUAGAUUGUAGAAACAAUAAGCGAUGCUCCUCAACACUGGAGGGGUAAUAUAUAUAUUUUGUUAUUUGUUUUAUCAGUUGUUCUUGAAUUGAAAACUUACAACCCAUAAUUUCCUUUGGAAUUCUCAUAAAAAAUAAAGUCAAAAAAGUAUCCUUUUAAAAAGGUGCAGAUAUAUAUUUAAGCUAUUAGAGAACAAAAAUGCUAUUGAAAUCUGUCAAAUCACAAGUGAAAAAUGAGUGAUGAAAAGCACUGAAACCAGUUUGAUUGACCUUUGAUACUCGAAUGUGCUUUUAAUUAUUGCAUAAUUACUAAUCUUAGUUUCUUCUGGUAGAAAAACAGGUUGAUUUUUCCUUUGCUUAAAUAUUCAUUUGCUACUUCUAACUUCUAUACUUUUUUGACAAGUAUCCACUAUAUUAAAAAAAUCUACAGAAAAGAAUAUAUUAGGUAAUUUAAAUAUUUUAUUUCUGUUUUUUUAAUACUAAAAUUGGAAAUAGUUGAUAAGUUAUUGUAGCGGUAGUAUAACAUGAUGUUACAAAAUUUAUUAUAUUUUAUUUAGAUAGAUAGAAUGUAAAAUGCAUUUUUUUUUAAUAGUUUUUAUUAUAAGGAUCAUAUUCAAAUGGGUAAUACAUUAACAUUUGUUUAUAUUGGUUAAAUUAAAUUAUUCAGCUAAUUACUUUAUGCUACAACUGGCUGGUUUUAUCUUUAAUUAUCAUGUUAAGAACAACUGAAUGGUAAUAAUGUUGCAUCAAAAUUUCUUCUAAGUUAUAAAGUGAAAUAUAUUUGCCAUACUUUUUAGUUUGAGCUUGUGCAAAAAGAGAAUUAUCUGUAUAUUAUUUUUUUAUGUUUUGAGUUUUGAAUCUCAGAGAUUUAAUUGAUAUUUUGUUGAAAAGUAAAAAUUUAUUUCUGUAAUUAUAUUUAUUACUGUCAUUAGUUGUUUUUUUGUGGAGAGAAUAAUUUUUAGUUUUGAGAGUUAAACAUCACUAAUUUCAUAUUAUUUACUACUUAUACUGUAUUUUUGAAAUGGCUUUAUAAUAUGAUGGUUAGUCAUUAUUUAUACUUGCCAUGAUUUCUCAUACCCGCUUUAAUAAACAAGUUUAAGUAUAUGGGGGCACAACCUUCUUUGCAGGAAGAUGAUAGGAAUAAAAUAACUGAGCUUUCAUAGUCCGAGAUCAGUUUUUAUGUAUUUCAAUUAAGAACUUAAUUAAUAACUUCUGUCAAAUAAGACUUUAUUAACUUCUGUGUAAUAAGAACAAUAUGGAUUGAUCUGAAAAAUUAAAACACAGAAUACAACAAAUUAUGUUUAUUUAAAGGUAUGUAUAUAAUAUUUUUGAAGUAAAAAUAAAAUUAGCAAUUUGGCCCACUGUGUUACUUGAAUAUAUUUAUCGUAAAAUAUUUGCCUUUAAUAGCAAUAUGCAAAAAUAAUUUUAUUUUUUGUAGUUCAUAAAUUACUUAUAUUUUUAAAUAAAUCUUUGAACUACUAUAUUUUAAGUUAUGUCUUUUAUUAAAACAUUCAAAAGACAGUGAUAUGGCCUUAAAGACAAAAUAUUUAUGCCCUUUUAAAAAAUUAAAUUGAAUCGACAAAAAAUUCUAAAUAAAAAAAAAUUCAAGUUUUAUAAUUUCUUCUUUUGGCUAGAUGAUGGGGCUGCAAAUUAACCAUUCAUCUGACCUCCAGGCUAUAAUUUGUGCACCCUUAUUGUAGUAUGUUCAUAAAACUGUGUUAUACCUAGUUAAAGUCUCAUUUCACAUUUUAAUUUAGAAAAUUAUUUUUUUCUUACAAAAUUAUUCCCCCCCCCCAUUUAAUUGGAAUUUAUAAUUUUAUUAUUAAUAGAAUAAUCAUUGGAAUUUACUGCUAUUGGGAAUUUUUUUUUUUUUUUAAGUUCUCAAAGCUUUUCAAUGUAUUAAAAGUUUAUGAAUCUUCAAAAUUCUCUUUAUCGUUAAAAUGAGUAAAAAUCAAAAUAGUAAUAAUUUUAAUUUCUCCCUUUUUUUUAACAUGGCAAGUAUAAUUUAUAUAAAAUAUUCUAUAAUGUAAAUAUUUUAACUAUACAAGAUUUUGAAACAUAUUUGUCAAGAUGUUUAGUUUGUACUUUCAUAUUCAGAAUACUUUUUCUCCUGUACUAGUCUUUAAAAACCCAAUUGAAGUCAUCUAGUGUGAAGCACCAGAAUUUUAAAAACAAAAAACAUUGCAACUUUAUUGAAGUUUUAACUUUAUAGAAUGUUAAGAAACUUUUAAGGAGUGGUAUUUGUUGUAAAUUAGUCCUCUUUAACUGCAGUAAAAGUUUGACAUUCUUAAAAAGCA